GGAUGACAUUUUCGCUCCACCUCCCGUCCUUCCAAAAAAGACUUCCAGACAAAAUAAGGUAGACUGUUCCGGGCCUCUCACAUGCGUCGCUUGAAGGUCUCCUGUUCAUCGGACGGGAACCUUGCUGAUAAGAAGGCCUCAAGAAGAAUGGUAGAACUUCUCGCUCACUUUCUGCUGUCGUGGUCCUGCUAAGGAUCGCUCCUUCAUCAUCCUCUUCUCACCUUGCUUUUCCAGGGACAGGAAGCGGGCUAAGUGGCGACGGCAAUGGGUGAAUGGGAUCUCCUGGGCCGCCUGCUGGACAAAGUGCAGAGCCACUCUACGGUGAUCGGAAAAGUCUGGCUGACGGUUCUGUUUGUCUUCCGCAUUCUGGUCCUGACCACCGGUGCCGAGAGGGUUUGGGGCGACGAGCAGUCCGACUUUGUUUGCAACACCAGGCAGCCCGGUUGUGAGAACGUCUGCUACGACUUGGCCUUUCCCAUCUCCCACGUGCGCUUUUGGGCCCUGCAGAUUAUCGCCGUGGCCACGCCCACUCUUGUGUACCUCGGCUACGUCCUCCACGUCAUCCACAUCGAGAAGAAGGUGAAGGACAAGAUGAAGAAGCAGGCAGAGCUGGAUGAUCAGGCCAUGUUGUUCCUGAGGCGGAGCUACAAAAUCCCCAAGUACACGAAGAGCGGCGGCAAGGUGAACAUCCGCGGCCGCCUCCUUCGCAGCUACAUCCUCCACCUGGUGGCCAAGAUAGGCCUGGAGGUCUUGUUCAUCUUGGGCCAGUACUUCCUGUACGGCUUCACCCUGGACCCCCGCUACGUGUGCUCCCGCUCACCGUGCCCCCACCAGGUGGACUGCUUCCUGUCCCGCCCCACCGAGAAGUCGCUCAUCAUCUGGUUCAUGCUGGCGGCGGCGCUGCUAUCACUGGCGCUCAGCGUGGUGGAGCUGCUCCACCUGUGCGGCAAGGCCGCCAAGGAGUGCAUGACCAGGAGGCGGGACUACACCGUCACGCCCGUCACACCCCCGGCCUCGCACAGGAAGGCCUACGCGCUCAAGGACGAAGUGAUCCAGAACCGUGUCAACCUGGAGCUGGAGGGACGCAAGUUUGGCGUCGCUGGCGGAGUUAAAGAGCUGGCUGGAAAAAUGUUGCCUGGCAACACGGGGGAGGUGCAUAUCUGAUGGGGGGGGCAUCCCCCUACCAACUAGUGCUCCGUACUGUGUGACCCAAUGCUUCAUUUUAGCAUAAUGCAAUCAUUGUAAGCACCUUGCAAUCUUAUAUCGAUAAAGUUUCAUAUUCAAUAUCCAUUCUUCUUUGACCUUUCACCUCUCUGUUGUUUUUUAAUCACUUGCAUAUAAAAGUGUGCAUACUAUAUACAAUAUUCACUAUACAAUUUAAUUUGGGAAUAAAAACCAACAAAAAUCUCUUGUCUUUUUU